CAACAUAGUUGUUAAUGUUGUUAUCUGUCAGUUGUUUUCGAUUGGUCAAGUCGUCAUUGAAUGAAUUGGAACUUGAGUACGACGAAUAUCAUCCUUUUGUAGUGAAAUAGAACAUUCGUAAUAUUUUUUUAUUGAUUUCUACUAUGUAGUUACCUAAAUUUAUCCUACGCAAACGAAAUACUCUAAAUAUCGACUACAUAGAUUUUAACAUUAAUCACUUAAUGCUAAGGCCAAAACUUUACCGAUAAAAAAUAAAACAUUGGCCUCCGGAGCUGUGAUGGAAACUAACUUUAACAAUUCAAGCAGACGGAAAAAGUCUACGGUGGAAGGUUACAAAUGAUAUAAGUAAUUAGCGUUCGGCGGUUAUUUCAGAAAAAUUGUUAAUUAAUCACGAUUGUGUUGAUCACCGAUCGACGGAUUUUAUGUGCGCGUGACGGUGACAUGAGCACAAAUAACAAGAGGCGCGGAGCUAGCGGUUCCAGUUGUGCUGUUCCUGGGGUACCCGCGCUUGUCAACGUACCGACCGCGAUGUCUGCCGAUUUAGCCUCGCUUUUUGAAUGCCCAGUGUGUUUUGAUUAUGUCUUACCACCUAUUUUGCAAUGCCAGAGCGGGCACCUCGUGUGCUCCAGUUGUCGACCCAAGCUGUCUUGCUGCCCGACAUGCCGCGGCCCUCUCGGCAACAUACGCAAUCUCGCGAUGGAGAAGGUUGCUAGUAAUGUAAUGUUUCCUUGCAAACAUUCCAACACAGGUUGCACAGUAACAUUGGUACACACAGAAAAAGCGGAUCAUGAAGAAGCUUGUGAAUUUAGACCCUAUUCCUGUCCUUGUCCCGGAGCAUCGUGUAAAUGGCAAGGAGGCCUAGAUCAAGUCAUGCCACAUCUUAUGAUGUCUCAUAAAAGUAUAACAACAUUACAGGGUGAAGAUAUAGUGUUCUUGGCGACUGACAUCAACCUGCCUGGAGCAGUGGAUUGGGUCAUGAUGCAGUCUUGUUUUAACCACCACUUUAUGUUAGUACUUGAAAAACAGGAGAAGUUUGAUGGUCAUCAACAGUUUUUUGCCAUCGUCCAACUUAUAGGUUCACGUAAAGAAGCUGAAAAUUUUGCAUAUAGGCUAGAACUCAAUGGCCACAGACGUAGACUGACAUGGGAAGCAAUGCCUCGCUCUAUACAUGAAGGAGUUUCAUCAGCCAUUAUGAACUCAGACUGCCUCGUAUUUGACACGUCCCUUGCACAAUUGUUUGCAGAUAACGGAAACCUCGGGAUCAAUGUCACAAUAUCUAUUGCAUAAUCAAACAUUGCCAUGUUUUAACAAUAGUUGUAACACUCAACUUUUUAUUCGAGUGUUAAGUUUAAUUUAAUUAAUUUUCAUGCCAAUGAAAAGAUACCAGAACUAAAACAAAACUAUAGAUAGAAUGUAUUAUAUUAAUAAUAAUAGCAAUAAUAUACAAGUGAAUUUAAUAUUUUUGUGAAAACCACAAAAAAAGUUGCUGACGUGUUUUGUAUCGAAUUGUUUAAUCAUAUAAAUUAUAAUCAAUGUAAAAAUGAGCCAAAAAUUU